AUGAACCCAAUCAUAUUUGAUUAUUCAAUCACGGAUACACCAUUGGUCAGGGUUAGUGAAACCAAGGAUCUUGGUGUUAUAUUUACCACCAAUCUAAGUUGGGAGCAACACGUUAUGACCACAUGCAGCAUAGCCCUCAAAAUUCUUGGUCUUCUCUUCAGAGUUACUAAGCCUUUCUCCGACCUGCGCGUCUUGAGGACGCUGUAUUGCUGCUUGAUAAGACCACACCUUGAAUAUUGUUGCGUGGUGUGGUCCCCUCACCAGUUGUACUUGAGGGAUAGCAUUGAGAUGGUGCAGAUGAGGUUCCUGAGACUUGCGGGAGUGCGCCUUGGAUUUAGGUAUCUGGAUGUCUCAGAACAAGAGAUUUCGUCUUAUCUUAACUUACCUUCACUUGAAACAAGACGCUCCAUCCAUGACGUUCACUUCUUGUACAAGCUGGUUAACGGAAUCAUCGAUUGCCCAGACCUGCUACAGAAAAUAAAUUUCCAAAUUCCCACUGGCACAAGAUCUAGAGUCCUUUUUGCAAGAACUUCGGUGACAACUUCCUAUGCAGCCAACAGUCCUGUGAUUAGGAUGUAG